CAGGGGACAGUCAGAGAGCAUCGCGAGCUGCACACCUACCUCUCUCACCUGGACAGCCAUCACACCUGUGUACGUCACACCUGUAAGACUAUUCAGCACGCGAGCACGAGCCGAAAGCAUUGUCUUACAUGAUCUUCAUAUACACAGGUGUAAAUUCUAACCUGAAAAGAAAUCUUCUUUCUCAAACUAAUUUUGCUGAGGGAUGUAUGACCUGAAAUAUUGCUCGACGAAAUUGUGAUUCGGUGUAUCCCUGGUGUACAACUCCGGAUCUUACACUACGUAAAUAGAAAUGAAUUUCGGAUAAAAUGGUUUUAGUUCUUUGAAUGCCAACAUCAGGAAAGUCGAAUACUUUGUGAAAAAAGACUGUUUCUUUCCAGGACGGAAAAGCAUGAAAAAUUGGUAAUUGUAAUUAUCUGACUGGAGAUUUGUUUACCUCUGACAAUUAUAAGCCGCAUUCCCUGAAAACUACAAUGGCUUGUUAUCAACAAUUAACCUUUGUCCUGAGUGUUGUGGGGAUGUGUUUCAUUGCUGGUGCAAUCGGCAGGCGAUCGUGUCCCGUGGAGCGCCCGACAGUUGAUAUCUGUACUGAAGGCACAGUUCAUGGAACAGAAACUUUGCUGGUAGAUUUUUCACCGGAAGUCGGAAUUACCUCAUGUAAUUGUAACUUCACGAUAGAUGGCGCUCGAGUGAAUGUAUCCACACUAGUGGCGCCGCAGAACCAAUGUGAGCCACAGUUGGAAAUUGAAAUUGGCAUAGAUUACUUCCGAGCUGGUUGUAACGCCUUUAGUGAAUCCUACAAUAUCCCAGAGAUCAAGACAGGGAUUAUUUGGACGACGUCGGAUGCAUUUUAUGGCAUUGAUCCACCUCAAGAUUUGUGUCUCGAAUUCAAUGUACAGGGAGGUACGUCGACUGUGUCCAUAACGUGCACCGUUGAAAGCGAUCUGGAACCUAGUACGACGAUGGAGGCUGGUACACUUAGUCCGGAAGUCCUCCCGCCAAUCUCCGGAACAACUGGUCCUAUGGUUGACCAGACAACAAACAUAUCACAAAUUAUAACGACUAGUACUGCUGCCAAAGAGUUAUCAGGACCACCGGAUAAUAUCAGAGAUGAGAUUCUGAAGCUGGCUAAAAACAACGAAAAUCCACUUGUCUUUGAAAAUGUUGCUUUAUUACUGAACGCAACAGAUUUAUCAGAUGUAGCACUAGCUGAAACAACUUCCGAACAGGCGAUCACUGAUGUAACCGCUUCCAGCACCACCUCUGUUCCUAUGACACCACCUAAAGAUGUUAUGGAUAAGAUAUUAGAAGUAGCCAAUGCUACUGCAAAUCCUAUCCAUAUAGAGAUCCCUGGUACUACACCACUCGAAAAUGAAACGGUUGUUGAUGUGCUCACAACCACUAAAUCAUCACCACAACCUAUACAAAUAGCUUCCAGCACCACCUCGGUUCCUUUGACACCACCUAAAGAUGUUAUGGAUAAGAUAUUAGAAGUAGCCAAUGCUACUUCAAAUCCUAUCCAUAUAGAGAUCCCUAGUACAACACCACUCGAAAAUGAAACAGUUGUUGAUGUGUCCACAACCACUACAUCAUUACCAAAACCAAUCCAGACAUCUGUUAGUAAUGUUCCUGCAGUACCUCCCACUGACGUCAUGGAUCAACUGUUAGAUAUUGCGAAUAACUUUACAAGUGAUACCAUUGUUUUCCCUGAGUUUCCGGGAGGCACAGAUAUUCCCUGAUACUGUGUCGCCUUCUACACAAGUACCAGAACAAACAACAACUGUGGAUGUCAGAUCAACAGUAAUAUCUCUAGAAACAACAUCAACAACACAACAAUCAACUGACGUAGAUAUAAGUACAACAACACUGCCUCUCGCUGCAUCAACAACACAAUCACCACCACCACCACAACAAACAACUGAUGCUGCAAUAACCACGUCAACGGCUAUAGCAGAAACAUCAACACAACAGCAAACGUCAACGCAACAACCUGUAUCUACAACUUCACAAAUAACAACCACAAUUUUAGAGACAACUUCAAAGCAACUCAGCGAAAACUACCACACCUAUCAUUUAUUCAACUACCGGUUAUGAUCAGAAACCAUACGACGCGGUUCCUACAGAUGAUUGGAUCAGUCAACCCGAGAGUAGUACCCCAUCGACAUGGGAAAUUUAUGACAACUGAAUCUGUAAAGACUGCAUAUAGAGGUGAUAUUGAAAUAACAACACAGACCGACCUACCAGAAGUGACAUCCUUACCAGAAAUAACUUCGAAAACCGAAAUUCCAGUCACAACUCAGACAGAUGACACGACUAAAAUGACGACUGUGCCAUUGACUGAUGACGACACAGGAGCCCAGAACGACACCAGGCCUGACGACAAGCACGGAGCAGAGGACACGCUUGUUGUGAUCGUUGUUGGUUCUAUCAUCGGCAUCAUCGUCAUCGUCGCCGUCAUCGCAAUCAUACGGGCCUUUUGUAAAUCAAGACGUAAGUCUGCCAAUAUUACAAUGAUGGAGAAAG